GCUCCACCAAGGCGCCCCAUACUGUUUUACCAGGUCUUUCCUACAUAGUACACAACUCGGUGCACCACGGUGGCCUGUGUCGUUCGCCAGGUACGCAUGUGCGGCUUCAGCUCGUCAAAACUGUUGCUUUUUGGCUCCGCGGGGCAUCACCUCGCGCGUAUCAGAACACGUACCCACUUCGAAUCUCUACCCACGUGCCAGCGCAUCUCGUUCUUUUCGCCUUGCUCGUAUGGAGCCGGAACGAAGCCGGCUCGGAGCCGUCGUCUGCAGUCUGACGCAGCCAUGUUAUCGAUUAAAUGAUGACACACACCAGCAGGAUGCGCCAAAUUGCGAGCAUCGCUCAGCCUGCCCUUCUCGGAUGCGCGUCCCAGGUGCUCGGGGGCGAACACGAUCUCUGCCGCUUGCUCACGAAUUGCAUGGCGGCGCGGGAAUUGGAGAAGGCUUUGCUCUGCCUGACGCAGCCACUCAUGGUAAUGGUCACGAACCGACCGCGUUCCCUCGGGUGCGGCUGGCCUGCUGUGCGCGUGUUGGACUUUCGACAGGGCCGUGCAUGAUUCCCAGCCUCGACGUUCCACGAAGAACAAUGUGCACCGAUUGAUGCCAGAUGGUUCGGCGUGCGUGUCCCCAGUCCGGCGCGUGGAGUACACCACAGGCAGUCAGGGGCCUC